AUGAUACCUAACGGCACAAAACGGUUGUCUCUUUCCUAUCGCAGAGUACAAUUUAAAGAUUCCUUCUGCUUCAUCCCAUCAUCGCUCGCUCAAUUUUCAAGCACGUUUGGAAUAGAAGAAAUCAAGAAAGGGUUCUUCCCGCAUACCUUCCACACGCCUGAAUAUGCUAUUUAUGUGGGCGCGUUACCUGACCGCAAAUAUUUUGACCCCGAAUCCAUGUCCGAAAAGAAAAUGUCAGAAUUUGAAGAAUGGUAUCAAGAAGAAUCUUCCCGUCAGCAGGUGUACGACCUAAAACGUGAACUGAUCGAAUAUUGUGGGUCCGAUGUGAAGUUAUUGAAAGCCGGAUGUCAGAAAUUUGUGGCUGAAUUUCGAGCAGUGGCUGGUUUUGACCCCUUAGAAAAAUGUGUCACGAUCGCACAAGCCUGCAAUUGCUACUGGCGCAAGCCCGUGAUGGAGGAGGAGAGCAUUGCCUUGGAGCCGUGCAGUGGUUGGCAUGGUUCGCGUCCUAUACAUUCAUUAAAAUCGUUAGAGUGGUUGAUAUGGGAAGAGAGGCAGCGUGGAAUUCACAUCCGUCACGCAAGAAAUGGCGGGGAAAUGGGCAUUCGUGUGGCAUCCAUCACUCAUCACGUCGAUGGAUAUCACCAUGAAUCAUGA